UCCUGGCUGAGGUGCGUUGCGUGGAUGUCAUGGCAACGAUACCCUCCUCCUCCACGUCGCCAGCCCGCCAACCUGUUACUCCCCCAGGCGGGACGCAGCGUCUUGAGUUCACUCCCCCACGUAAACGAGCAGGCGUCUCAAAGCGCUCCGAGGCGGGGAUGAGUGUUGCUUCAAGCCAGGAUGGAGUCACAGCCCGUCUACAGCCGCUGGUCGUACAGACCCUCCAGCUCUGCCAGCUUCACGUCCAGUUCAACAACAACAACAACAACAAGCGGAUUUGAAGAGCACAGCAGCAUCAUGCAACAGAAGCUGGAAAAACAGAGGUCGUUGCUGGAGCAGAAGCAGCGCCGGAAACGGCAGGAAACGCUCAUGGUGCAGCCCAACACGGAGGCGUGGCCCCGGCGGAACCGCGCGCGCCACGGCGAAGAGCAAGCCCCGCUGGUGGAGUCGCAUCUCGGCCACGCCAACGACAUCACUGCGGACGGUAUUAAUGGCCCGGCAGCCUUUCUGGGAUCCAAAACGCCCCAAAAAGGAAUGAAAAUCCAAAUCGCGUCCGUCAACCACUCCCAGGGCCAAGUGAAGACGACUCAAUCCCCACUCAAGGCCCGGCCUCCGCCGCCUCCCUCUCCCGCCGCGGCCGCCGGGGACACCGAGAAGGCCAUCGACGCGGAGACGCUGCACCAUCCCAAGACGGACAUCCACGAACUACUGCGGAAACAAGGCCUGUCGGGCAGCAUGAACUUUGAUGAAUCCAGCGGCGACGACGACGACGACGAGCGGCCGCAAUCCCCGACGCCCAGCGCGCAAACCACCAGGCCCGCCUCCGCCAGCAGCGCCAAGGACCCGGAGGCGGUCACCGGCGGCUCGCCGUCCUCCAGAAGCUCGCCUCUUUUAGAGGUGUCCAACUUGGAUGAGUUUGUGCUCCUUCCAGCUCCACGUGGCGCCACGGUCAAAUGCCGAAUCACCCGCGACAAGAAGGGCAUGGACCGCGGCCUCUACCCGACGUACUACAUGCACAUGGAGAAGGAGGAUGGCAAGAAGGUGUUCUUGUUGGCAGGGAGGAAGCGAAAGAAGAGCAAGACGUCAAACUACCUCAUUUCGGUGGACCCGACCGAUCUCUCGCGAGAAGGCGAGAGCUUCAUCGGCAAGCUGAGGUCCAACCUCAUGGGCACCAAAUUCACCGUGUACAACAACGGCGCCAACCCCUGCAAGAACAUCGCCGCCAUGGAGGACGGCAGCACUCGACAGGAGCUGGCCGCCGUCUGCUACGAAACCAAUGUCCUGGGAUUCAAGGGACCGCGCAAGAUGACGGUCAUCAUCCCGGGCAUGAAUGCCAACUUUGAGCGAGUGCCCGUCAGCCCCCACAACGAGCAGGAGAGCCUGCUGAGCCGCUGGCAGAGCCGCUCCUUGGACAACCUGAUCGAGCUUCACAACAAGGCGCCCGUGUGGAAUGACGACACGCAGUCCUACGUGCUCAACUUCCACGGACGCGUCACUCAGGCCUCCAUCAAGAACUUUCAGAUCGUCCACGACAAUGACCCCGACUACAUCGUGAUGCAGUUUGGCCGAGUGGCUGAGGACAUCUUCACGCUGGACUACAACUACCCCAUGUGCGCCCUGCAAGCCUUCGCCAUCGGCCUAUCCAGCUUCGACAGCAAGCUGGCGUGCGAAUGAACGGGAGCCCGCCGGUUAACUUUUUUCAGUGAAUGAAGAUUCCGGUCGGACGCCGUCUGAAUCAAAUUGGGCCGUCCUGCAGCGCCAUCCUCAGGACAAAUGGCCUCAUAAGACAUACGGCAUCAUUAUGACUCAUAUUCUAUUAUCGUUUUUGUCCUGGAUGACAAGUGCAUUAUUCUUAUGGUUAUUGUGUUUCUGUGAAUAGCUUUUACCUUGUGACUUGUUGACACACUUGCAAAAUUGCACAGAUUAUAAGUACUGUUAAAAAAAAAAAAAAGUCACUAUGUUAUCAUAAAUUUCAAUAAAACGGUACAUAAUUUUGA